UGGUUCUGGGACAAGCGGGGAGAAGGUCAGACCGUUUACUCUCCGUUUUCCAGGACUCGAAUGGUCCAAUCAAGUGAAGGAAAGCUUUUAAGCGGCAGCGGAGUGGACGAAUGAAAACCCUUCCUGCCGAGAAAGGAUGGAACAAACUCAGUUACUGGAGUGGGAUGGAGAAGGCGAUUCUACUGAUGGGUCUGAUGCUGCAGGGGAGACCCCUAAACCGGUGGGGCGCUUGCAUCAGCUGAGCAGCACGUACGGCCCUGACAAAGAUUUCUGGAUCUACCCUGGCGAGAACGCCAUUGGUCGCUUGGAACACUGUCAUGUCUGCUUGCCUGCCAGUUCUGUUUCCAAAGCGCAUGCGGUGAUCGAGGUCCCCUCCUCCCGCGGACCCCACCUUUUGUACGAUCGGGGCAGCUUGAACCGGACUCGGCGCCAGCGGGUGGCCUUGAUCCCACAGGUCCGCUACAGCCUCCAAGAUGGGGACACCUUGGUUUUUGGAGAUGUGACAUGCCAGUACUUCAUCCUGGCCCCGGAUAGCGAUUGUGACUCCCUGGAGGAAUCCAUGGCAGUGCCACCCACCCAGGAAAGAGUGGAGGCCAGUGCACUGGCCAUUGAGGAAACACCUGCGCCGGGCAGGAGAAUAGGCUUUGGGCAAGUUCUGGUCCAGGAUUCUGACAAGGAAGAGGAAGGGGAGGAAGUGAUCAAUGGGACAGGAAGCAACCUGCCCCACACAGCAAGAGACGAGUCUGGUUGCUCUAACAAAAAUGGCGUAGGAGAAGGACAAGUGAGUUUGGCUUCCUUUGGUGUCUCUUCUCCCUCGUCUACGGUGGUGCCUGAAAGUGAUGAUGAAAGUGGAGACCUUUCAGCCAGUGGCCCACCCUGCCCUGCUCUGCGUCUUUCCUUUGAGAGCCAGGAUGCUGAACGGGGCCCCACAGAGAAUGGUGAUGGUCAUUCUUCCAGCAGAAAAGACUCCGGAGAACCCACAGCCGAAGAGGAGGGAGCUUCUACAGAACAUGGCUUGGUGGAAGGCUUUCAUUUGGACAGUGACACAGAUGUAGAGGACGAAAGCCAAAUGGGUUGCGUCUCCGAAGCACCAGCAUCAUUGGACCCAUCAAAAAGGGAUAGGGACCUAGAGGUGGACACUGAGCCUGAUCUGAAUGAGUCUUCAGUGAUGGCUCCAGAGAUCCAUUGUCCCCAAACAUCAGUUGAGCUGGGCAGUGAUACAGAUGCGGAAGAGACCAUGGAAAGCCCAGCUGCCUUCAGAUUAAAGCUUCCCUCCACUUCUCUGGAAAAAGAAGAUGAUGACACCGACAUGGAAGCAGAAAUGGAAAGUCCAAGUGUUGUUGGUCCAGGGAAACAUAAGCCUGUUUCCCCAAAAGAGGAUGACUGCCAACAGCUGGAAGGCAAUGUCCAACUUGGUGGGGAAAAGGAUGAUGAUACAAAUUUGGAGGAGGCUUCGGAUAAUUCGGAAAGCGGUGUGAAUGCCCUGCCUCCCACAGCCCAUGAAGAUGUUGACACAGAUGUGGAAGGCUCCUCUGUCAAGGGAGAGGCUCCAGGCAGGACCAAGGACCACGAAGUAGGUGGAGACAGUGACGGGGAUGAUACCGAGGAGGAAGUGAUUAACCCAUGGCUGGAGAAUUCAGAAGAUACUUGUCCUCAGAGGACCUGUUUUUCAAGUGCCAAGAAGAACAGCAUGGACAGGGAAGAGAUCCACCUCAAGAGGAUUGUGCCAGAUGAUCAUCGCGUUGGUGAGGGACUCAGCGACGUGGUUGGGUUGACACAAAAUUCUAACCUUGGACUUGAGAUGAGUUACGAAGUCGGUGACAAGUCUCCUAGGGACUUCGAUGAGAAGGAGCCCUUGCCAAACCCCGAGCAUCACAACCUGCCCCUACUCUUUCUGGGUAGCGAUACAGAUGGGGAAGAGGAGGCAGGUCAUCCGGAUGCAGAAUCAAAGGAGAACCCGCAAUCCUCCGGUGUGGAGUCCAGCAAAGGAAGUAGAGUGAGCCAUUUGGGGGAUCCAGAUAUCGGAUCUCAGGAAAAACCUACAUCUGUACAAGACAAGGACAGCGAUACUGAUGUGGAAAUGAUGCCUGUGGGUCAUGAUAAAUCCACAGCUCAGGACAGUGAUACGGAUACAGAGGACGUUGCUGCACCUUUACUAAGGAAACCCCUAGAAGAGAAAGGCGCACAGUCGAUAAUCCCAGUGAAAUCUGAGGCAGGAGAAGAGCAGUUGGCUUCUUCUGCAGUGGGGGUUGGAGUGUCCCUCAAAUCUCGUGAAGACGAUGAAGAUACAGACGCAGAGGGAGAGGAAUCCUAUUCGGCAGACGAGAGCAACACCGAUGACGAGAUUGAUGUGUCCUUGCAGGCCACACAGUGUUACCUGCCAACAGAAACCACAUCACCUAGACCAGAAAAAGCUGGAGGUAUCACAGCUACAGAUUCCGAUUGCGCUCUAGAAGAAGAGCCCACUCAGGCAUUUGACUUCAGUUCACCCUUUUUACCCGCCAAAUGUCAACUCAGGAAUGUAACCAGCUUACCUUUGAAAGACAACAGUUCUGACCAAGAAGAUGAUAUGCUGGAAGCUACCCAGCCAUAUUGUCAGGAGCCUGAACCCGAAGCCUUAGCAGAGCUUUGCGAGGCCUUGGCUGGCAAAAAGAAGCUGGACCCAGAACGGCUUGUCCAGAACCAACCCGAAGGGGAGAAAUGUUUUGAGCAGGUGCCUCACCCUGAUUUCCCAGCUUCAACCUCUCCGGGAGAAGAGACCACCCCCAGUCUUCCAGGAGACAACCCUCUGCCUCAGGCUAUGGAGUUGCCCCCUCCGCAGUCCUCCUCGAAGACAGCAGGGGGCGCCUCUGAAGAGGAAACCCAGCCUCUCUGCUCUCUGCAAAUCCCCCUGGUGGCCAGCCAGUGGUCCUUGACUCCACAGGAAGAGAAGAGGGUGGAGGUCCCAGAAGGUGGAAGCCCUUCAGAGGUGAUGCUCAGACAGAGUGAGGCAACUCCUCUGGAUGACCAGGUGGAAGAAAACUCGGAAUUAGUAAGAGAAACAAGGAAUCCUAAGAAGGUGCCAGCCGAGAAAGAUCCGGCGUCAACAGCGCCCCCUGCCCGUGAGCUGCGGCGCAGUCUGCGAUCUUCAACCGCUUCCGCUUCACCUGCCCCUGUCCUAGAAAGACGAAGCCUCCGCCAGCACGGAUCUGGGGCCGUCGUCGCAUCCGGCAAACCAGCUGCCCCAGAGAGCAGGCGUAGAGGGCUCCGGCAGCUCAGCAAAGCAAGUCAACGAAAGAGGGAAGUGAAGGAGAGGCCAGAGCAGCCUGGAGAAGAGGGGCCCAGGAAAAAGGCCAGGAAUGGGGACCUGACCGCUACUCCUGUCCCUCAAGCUCAAACGAGGAGCUCCCAGAGGGAAUCCAGGGCUGCCAGCAAGGUUACAGAAGUAGCAGCUGCCGUCUCGGUUAGCCCUGGGGCCAGGGAGCCCACAAAACGGGCCAGGAGGGGUCUUGCUCCCAGCCCUGGGCUAGAAGGGCAGCCGGAGCGUCCAAGGACUCGGGCCAGCAAGCUGUCCAGCAGCAGCAGCAUUUCCAUGAGCACCCCGAGCCCAAAGGAUUCUGGGAAAAGUGCCAAGCCUGGGCAGGAACAAAUACUGUCCACUCCGUCUUCGGGAAGGAAGUUGCGGCAUCACAGCCCGGAAGACAGAGCGACAAGUGAAAAGGCCUCAUCUGGCAGUCGCAACCAGCGCUCCACUGGAUUUGCCAGUCCUGCUCCCAAGGUAUGGCGGGUGCUGUUCACGGGUGUGAUUGAUGAGGAGGGAGAGCGUGUAGUGGCCGAAUUGGGGGGUUCUCUAGCAAAAUCUGUCUUUGAUUGCACUCACCUUGUGACGGACCGUGUGCGUCGCACGGUCAAGUUCUUGUGUGCCCUGGCUCGAGGAAUCCCUAUUGUGACCCUUGACUGGCUGGAGAAGAGCAGACGGAAUGCUUUUUUCCUGGCGCCAAACAGCUUCCUUGUUCGGGACCCUGAGCAGGAGAAGAACUUGCGGUUCAGCCUCUCCACCUCGCUGCAGAAAGCACAGCAGAAAGGAGCCCUGUUCCAGGGCUACGAAAUCCAUGUCACUCCUAACGUGAAGCCAGAACCAGAGUACAUGAAGGACAUCGUUAAAUGCAGUGGUGGGACUUUAUUACCAAGAAUGCCUCGGGCCUUUAAGGAGAAACGUAUUGUGGUGUCCUGCCCCGAGGACUUGUCGUGCUGCAAACCAGCUCAGGAGGCAGGAGUGCCUGUCACCAACGCGGAGUUCAUCCUGACGGGUAUUUUGCAGCAGACGGUGGACUUGCAGGCUCACCGCCUGGAUGUCCGUGUGGGUCUAUCUCCAGCUUCCAGCCCCCUUGUUCCCUCUACCAGGACCAGCAAGAGACGGGCAGCCACACGGACGGCCCCAGCUCCACCCAGCACAGCCAAGAGACGACGCUAAUCCCCCCCAAUGCACUGCCUUAAAAUUGUACAUACGGGAUUGUGUUUUUUAUAUACUGCUGCCAAUAAACGGGGUGUGAAAAGAC